AUCUAUGGUUCAAAACCGAGUCCAUCCAAGAGCGGGGCCAAGAGUUUAAGACCUUCAACCGGAGGCGUGGCUAGUAAGAGGUUUUCAUUAGGAGGAGCAGCACUCGACAAAGCUACUCCCUCUUCUCGUUCCCUUAACAAGAAUAAGUCCGUGAAACGCCAGACUUUGAACAAUAAUCACCACACUGGCCUUGCAGUUCCCGCUUGUGUUACAAACUCUUUAUUAACCAAUUCUGCAAUAAGUGUGUGCGCGCUGAUUAUGAUUAGUCUCGACUACACAGGUAAGAAGAAAAACAUGAAUAGUGGGGCAGCUAAACAGCAUUCCAGCAGUGCAUCAAUCUCACAUCACAGUGGAUCAGCAGCGUUGAGGAAGGCCCUCUCUCCCUUGUCUUCACUAUGCUCCAAUGUGAUUAUUCAGCAGGAGGAUAAGAACACCAAGAAUGGGGCGGUCCAAGACGCUGAGAGUGGGGGUUACAAAACUCCGGUGGCUGCAACGGCAACGAAGAGGUAUACUGCAAAUGAUGAGAGCAGAACACCAAAGAGAGUGCCAAUUCCAGUGGCAGCCACUCCUCCAACAGCGUCUAGCCCAAUGCGGACAGCGAUGACCCCAUUCACGCCGAGCGUUCGUGCAACUCAACAAGUGGAGUACUCGUAUGAGGAGAGAAGAGCUGGCUUUGCUGUUGCUAAGGCACUCUCCCUUGUUGACGUUUAGAGCCAUGUCGUUUAGGUUUGGUUUGGUUUGGUUUGGUUUGUGCAGGUAUUCGCAUAGGCCGUUGAUCUAUGGCUUCUACUACUAGUCUACUAUUCAUGCAUAUAGAUUAACUUUCCUUCAUAUCUGUUCUUGUUUGGAUUGAUAAUGAUCAUUUUGAAUUAUUUCAGUCUCUUUGUCCCA